CUUCCGCAGCAAUAUCAAUUUGGUUAAGUGAAGUGAGAUUAAAAAGUGAAAGUUUCAUUAGUUCUAGGAAAACAUCAAUUUGAAAAAAAUGACGAAUAGGGGAGAGCUGCUUCUGGUGUUACUGGUGGGCAUUGCCUCUGUGGUUGCAGAAGAAACCGCCACCAUCGAAGAACUGCAAAAAGAUGUCGCGGAAGCACGUGGUCGACGGAAGUUCUACAAAUUUCUGUUCAAAGCCUUGACUCCGAUGAUCUCAUCGCUGUCCACCGUGCUGCUGAUCAAGACCAAAAUCGUCCUGGUGGGUCUUUUUUUAGCUGGAAUUUACUUCUUUGGGGGAAAAAUCUGGCCCGGGGGCUUCUGUGGGCACUCGAUCGUAUCUGAUGUGCCGCCGCCGUAUCUGUCGGAUGGAAUCACCGGAUAUCACGCCUCGGGACCGGAGUUCAUCUCCAGCUAUCCGGGACCGGAACCGUGGUCCAGCGGAUCGUACUCGGGAGCAUACUCGGAUUCGUAUCCGGGCUCGUACUCUGGAUCGUACCCGGGACCUUCAUUCUCACCUGCUGGUGUUUCUGUUGCUUCUCCUCCCAGCAAUGCUUACCUUCCACCCACGGGAUCAAGUCCCGUGGUAGCUGGAACGAAACGACGCGGAAAACGGUCCGCGGAUGAUGAGGAAUUGCAGGAAAACGAAAUGUACUGGACAGACCAGCUGACCGAUAUGGGCUUCCGCUUUCUUGGCGUAACGUCCCGCAUCUGCCGGAAGCGAUUCGUGUGCGAGUUUGACUUCCAAGCGCGCCAGAAUCCGAUUCUGUUGUUUGCGACCAGAGCAAUGGGUCGCGACAUUUUCCACAACUAUCGGGACGCAGCCGAUGAGCGAGCCCGAAGCUACCAGGACUGUGGCCGAAUCUACGCCGAGUGCGGUGUCCCCAAGCGCGUGAACCGUCCCCAUCGACGACGUGGCCACCUCCCAGUCACAACCACCACAACGGAAGAACCUGCUGCCUCGCAGGAAGAAAACCAAGACCAACUGACCUCGGAGGAAAUGCACGACGAAGGAAUCAACGAAAUCGGCAACGGAAUCGACCUCGGCGAAGACGUCCAAACGGAGCGAAGCUUUCCCGCGGGGGCGUUCCACGAGAGUGACUGGCAACCGAUCGCGUCGGAACCGCUGCUGGGGAAGCUCAUUCUGAGGCGAACGGGAGCGGGUCAUUGAAUGAAUUGGGAAGGGGGAGAGACUGAGCAAGAGUUGAAUGAGUGGAGUUAUGAAUGAGCGUGUAAAUAAUUGGUUUGCGUGUGUUUUUUUUUUGUGUUAUUUAUUCGAGUCUGUGACAUUGUUGUAAAUUAUUGACGCUGAAACAAAGUUAAAUUAUUGA